GUAUUAUCAUCUCAUUUGGUGUUGUCCCCAUCUUAUUGGGAAGUUGUCCAUUUUACCGGCGUUUUGAAGCGGCUCCCACUCAUACCCCAUUGCCUGUAUGUUGAAUUCCAUGGAACUGUGGCUCAUGCGUGGUCAUUUUCAUCUACUACACCAGUGCCGGUUCAUUCUACUUUUGCUGCCCUCUCAACCCUUGUCCAGCGAAAUAGGAGGGUCUCUAAUAACCAGGUGUAUUUCUGUACAUAUUAGAAGCAUGAUCGUGACAAUUCCUUGGCGUGAAUUCCAACUCAUUGUAGACUACGAGUGCUACGGAGUAAGGUAGACAGUAAUGCAUGGAGAAUUGUACCCACCUUGGCUGGGAAUGCCAAGUGGUUACUCCAUAGUUACUAUAGUUAGUAGGUGCAACAUU